UUUGGACAUCCUCAGUUAUGCUUUGAGGCUCCCCAUACUUGUUCACUACCAAUCUUUGCAUUGCUGGAAAGUGAAGUAAGAGGCAAGCAUACUUGAAAACAAGCGCUUAGAACUUCUAUAUGCUUUUCAUUGAAAAGUUAUGUUUCACGCCUUGAAACCAGUAUAACUUGAUUUGAUUUUGUAAAAAGGUCGAAAUUCGAAGAGACCAGUUUUCCUCUGGAGUUUAUAGGUCUCAACUAAUUUUGUUUUGCAAACUAUAACUAGAAUUAAUAGAUCGUCGCCCAAGCAUUAUCUGAUUUCGCUUUUUCUUUUACAAGUUUCUUUGACUCCUAUAAUAGAAAUCAAUAAGCCUAUCGCAUUUUAUCUUGGCUUCCACUAUAAUAAGGAUACAAACUUCAUUUAGAAUAAUCCGCAUCUCUUGUUAAGCUUUUCGUUUUCUUGUUUAUUGCACCCGACCCAUCCUCUCAUUCUACGUUUUUUUGUUCUUCCCCUUUUUCACUAUGAAUAAAGACGAAAAAAAUGCUGCAUAUUACUAUCGAAAAAAAAAUUCUUCUUCUACUAAUGUAAAACCCGUAUUAGCUCGUACACAGUCUGAUUUGUCUGGUUUUGGUGAAAAUGAAUUUAGAAGUUUGACUCCAUCUAGAAUGGCCCCGAAGCCACCUUCUAUCAACACGAAUGUUCAAAAAGAACCGUUUGGUUCUGGUUCUAGUUCAUUCGCAGCUUCUCGUACAAAUUCUCGGACACCAUUAGGAUCUCGACAGACAAGUUCAAACUCUAUACAGAAAUUACACUCAUACUCUUCUGUUGACUCCCGGCAAAGCGAUGAGAAACCUCAAAAGAAAUCCGCUUUCGAAAGUUUCGUCUCGAGUAUGAGUUCUUUGCUUACUGGAGGAAGUGGCAGUAGUCCAACGAACUUACAUGCUUCUGGUGCGAGUAGCCCAAGAAAAUCAACAAUUAUAUCUUCUCCUUUUGAUCCGAAGCAUGUAACUCAUGUUGGUUUUAAUUAUGAAACUGGUGAAUUUACGGGCAUGCCUACCGAAUGGCAGGCACUUUUGAAGGUCAGUGGAAUUACGAAAUCUGAACAAGUUCAACAUCCGCAGGCUGUACUUGAUGCCAUGGCUUUUUACUCACAGUCGAAAAAAUAUUUAGAGAAUGGCACUAGUCCUCCUUUCCCUAGAGAUAGUGUGGAACGAUCUGCCGUUCCUUCUCCAAUUUCGAGCAUUUCAAGCGGUGCUUCUUCGCCAGUUCAAACUCGUAACGCUUUGCCCAGUAAUCUUCAACCAUCUCGUCCGGCACCGACUCCUCCAGUAAGCACGGGUGUCAAUUCCUCUAUUGCAUCGCCGAAGCCUGUUAAAUCCCCCAAACAAUUUACGUCUCAUCAAUCCUCUCCGUUGGCAUCAAAGAAGCCUGCCAAUCAAGUUUUAAGGAGUCACUCGCCAGUAUUGCUUCCUUCGCCUAGUUUGAGCUCUGUUCAGCCAAAACAAAUUCGUCCAAAUAAUACACCUCAAACCCGCCAUAAUGAGUCGCCAGCAAAGCAGAUUACAGCUCAACCGCCUUCAACGGAAGCUGUGACUACCCAACGAGUGCAAAAACGUGGUGCUCGUCAACAACCAAAUGAUGCAGCAACUAUAGCUAAAUUGCAGUCAAUCUGCAAUAAAGAAAAUCCUACCCUUCUUUACCGAAAUUUUACCAAGAUUGGACAAGGUGCUUCUGGUGAUGUAUUUUCGGCUCGCCAGGUUGGCACGAACUUGUCUGUUGCUAUUAAGAAAAUGAAUAUCAAUCAACAGCCCAAGAAAGAAUUCAUCGUAAAUGAAAUCCUGGUGAUGAAAUCGCAUCAUCACAAGAAUAUUGUAAACUUCAUUGAUACAUUCUUUUUCAAAUCUGAGCUUUGGAUGAUAAUGGAAUAUAUGCGAGGCGGAAGCUUGACUGAAGUUGUUACGAACAAUACAUUAACAGAAGGCCAAAUGGCUACGAUUUGUAGAGAAACUUUGGAAGGUUUGAGGCAUCUGCAUCGAAAUGGUAUUGUUCAUCGCGAUAUUAAAUCCGAUAAUAUUUUGCUAUCCUUGCAAGGAGACGUUAAGUUGACUGACUUUGGAUUUUGUGCCCAAAUUAAUAGUCAGAUGUCGAAGCGUACAACUAUGGUGGGUACUCCGUACUGGAUGGCACCCGAAGUUGUUACGAGGAAAGAAUAUGGUUUUAAGGUGGAUGUCUGGAGUUUGGGUAUUAUGGCUAUUGAAAUGGUAGAGGGGGAACCUCCUUAUCUAAAUGAAAAUCCUCUACGAGCUUUAUAUCUAAUUGCUACAAUCGGCACUCCAAAGGUUAGCAGAUCGGAACUUCUGAGUUCGGCGUUUAAUGACUUUCUCACAAAGUCUCUUAAUGUUAAUCCAAAGAUACGUCCUAGUUCAGAAGAGCUUUUGAGACACCCGUUUUUGAAAAAAUCUGUCCCUCUUACUUCUCUCAUUCCUUUAAUCAAGUCUAUUCAUCGUGCUAGAUAAUUCGGUUCUUACAGCAAUUCAUUUUAGAAAGUAGUUGAAGCGAUUCAACCUACAUAAUUUAUUGCUUUGUUUUUUUUUCUCAAAGUUUGUAAUUAUACAUUAUGAUUUAUGAGCUAACGACUAAUUACUCUACGUCUUUUAUUUUCUUUGUUUUCUCAUUUUUUACUGAGUUUGGGUAUUAUGCAAAUACUUUUCUGAUUACUUAACAAUUGAACCCGAUUAUUUUUGUAAAUAAACUACUUGCGUUGUUUGUGGGUUUCCAAAUUGCCUCGAUAGUCUGGUUCGUAUAUGUAAAGAAUAAAUGGCAUAAAUUGUUUUUUCUCUUUUUCUUUUGUGAGACACGGGUUUAGUGACUAUAUUUGGAAGACAAGAAAAAAAAAUAAGAAAAAGAAAAAAGAAAAAAAACAGAAGAAAAAAGGUUACAACAAGGACUCAGUCCUCUAUUUGGGAUAAAAUAUUUGUAUAGUGUAUGAUACUUUGAAUAUUGAAAAAAAGAAAAACAUAUUUGAAUCUUUUUAUGCUUUCCAGGAAAGAAUUCAGAAAUAUAUAGCAAAUGAAUAAGUAAUUUCACAAAACUCAUGAUUAAAAGCACCUCUUUUGUUUCUAACUUGCACUUCGUUUCAUUCUCUCGUACUAUUACACACCCUUACCUUAUCAUUAGGAAUUUACCAAAAACUAGCCUUUGGUUCCUGUUCCUUUAAAACACUAGAGA